AUGACAAGCGAACCUUUCCUAUGGUAUAGAGACAAAGACAGACUAAGGAUUGGUGAUGUUAAUAGGUACAAUGUUACUUAUAAGCGACAACGUGGUGCCAAUACGACCCAAACUUAUCUCAGAAUUAAAAACAUUGAAAACCCGGGAAUAAGAACUAUUCAUUUACUAACAGGUCCAUUCAUAUUGUACUGCCACGUCGUGCCCUGUAACUACAGGUAUAGGAAGCAAUUCUAUCCGGCUGAUGCAGGGGUAAAUGCUGAGGUGGUCUUUGAGAAUCAGCUCAAGCCUAACCAGUCAUUUAACGUGACCUUACUUUUGAAUGACAAUUCUUUAGCUAAAGUUUCCAACGAGAAAGGAAUUACGUAUGACCACUUUCAAUGGGAAAUAGAAGUUAUAUCACAGAUUGUCAUUACCAAAAAGACAGAGGUGCUCUACGACAUGAUGAUUGGAGAUGAUCCCCACGCCAUGAAAAAGUUGGGGCAUGGCAACCUUCAAAAAGCUUUGACCAGUAUCGUUCCCGAUAACACUGACGAAGUCAGUACUGCACAAGAUGUCUUUGAUCAUGAAACAAAAAAUCACAUAUUCAACCCCUAUUUGAGUGUUGAUAAGAAAACCACUGAAGAUCUUUGGAACAAGCAGCCACCGAAUCCGCUCAAACCAGUUCAUUUGAUAAUAGUCACACACGGAAUUUUCUCAAACCUCACAGCUGACAUGCUCUACCUUAAAGAGACUCUUGAGAGUUCUGUGCUGGAGAACGUCAUGAUUCGUGGCUAUCGAUUCAAUGCAGGGAAAACCGAAAAGGGAGUCAAAAAAUUAGGUCGAAAUGUGGGUGACUACGUUGUUGAUGUGAUCGAGAAGGAGCCUUAUCGUUUUGACAAAAUUUCAUUCAUUGCUCACUCACUUGGCGGUGUGGUUCAAUUAUACGCAAUCAAGUAUAUAUUGGUAACACGAGGUGUUGAUUUUUUUGAUCGGUUGCAUAUACAACCAGUCAAUUUGAUUUCAUUAGCUAGUCCUUUCUUGGGUAUCUUGAACGAACUUAAUUUGGUCCUUUCGUGGAUAUUGGAUCUUGGUACACUAGGCAAAACUGGACGUGACCUAACAUUGCUGAGGAAAUUUCCUAGUUGGAAAGAUGUGGAAAUCGGUAGUCAUAAGACAAAAGAUAGAUUCAAGCCAGUUUUGGAAACUCUACCGGAUGAUCCUCUUCAAACAUUUUUGGGCAAGUUUGAGCGAUUAACUGUGUAUGCUAAUGCCAUUAAUGAUGGUAUUGUACCAUUGAGAACUGCGGCUAUCUUGUAUCUUGAUUAUGAGGCAUUGGGUGAUGUGAAUGAAUUGAAGAGGACAAGUAAUGUUAUUGAUAGACCUGAGUUGGAAAAAGACCACCAUGACGUUGAGAGUAAUGAAAGUCAAAAUAAUGUCCUGGAAGUACCCGAUUCCAAUGCGGCGAAUGAGAAAAGUUUGGGAAGGAGCCAAGCAGCGCAAAACGAGGGGAAGCAGCAGACUGGACAAACCUCCAACUCUUUUUCCAAAGAGAAGUUGCGAUUACAGAAUAUUCAAAAGGAGUUUGGUGAGUUUACCAUUCUAAACUCCUCACAGAAGAAGCUUAGCAAGAGACAAAAGAAGUAUCUGCAUUUCAGUAUCAAAGGAGCAGACACCAAUCGCGACAGUUUGUCUGGAAGUAAUGACUCUUCAACGGAGUCUACAGCGACAAUCAAUGUUCCGCCGCGUGCGUCUGCAAUCGAGUCUGCUUUGAAUACACUAAUUUGUCCCAUUCCAUCUCAGGAAUAUAUAAUGAAUCCCGAAUCUAGGAAGCCGGUAAUAUUCCAUGACAAAUAUUAUCAUUUCGAUAAAACAAAAGACGAGACUGAUGUCAAGCCACGUUCGUUGAAGGAGAAAUUGUUUGGAUAUUCUGCGGAUUGGAGAUUACGCAAACAAGUGGUUAUUGCCAAUAAAUAUCACACUGGCAAACUUAAUUGGCGUAAAGUAUUGGUAAACUUACCUCCCGAUGCUCAUAACAAUAUCAUUGUAAGACGGCGAUUUGCUAAUGGGUACGGUUGGGGGGUGAUACAUCAUCUCUGCGAAAAUUUGUUCGAAACCAAUGCAGAUGGCAAUGGUGGACCCGAGAGUGAACUUGCAAAUAAUAUUGAUGAUGAUGAUGAUGAUGAUGAUGGUGAUGAUUCAGGAGAGGGAAAGAAGCAGGAAAUGCGCGAAAGUUCUAGUGUUAAAGCCAAAAUCUGA